GGCUGGGAUCGCUGGGAUCGGCGGGGAUCGGCUCGGCUCGGCCCGGCUCGGCCCCGGCCCGGCGCGGGAGGGCGGGCGGGAGGGGCGCGCUCCCCCCGAGCAGCGGCCCCGGGCCGCGGCCCCCCGUUGCGGUCGGAGAGGCGUGCAGCACCGGGCCCUGCGAUGCCGUUUGGCUGCGUGACGCUGGGAGACAAGAAAGAUUAUAACCAGCCGUCUGAGGUGACCGACAGAUAUGACCUGGGCCAGGUCAUCAAAACGGAGGAGUUCUGUGAAAUCUUCCGGGCCAAGGAGAAGACGACAGGGAAGUUGUACACCUGCAAGAAGUUUCUGAAGCGGGAUGGACGGAAAGUGCGGAAGGCAGCCAAAAACGAGAUCAUCAUCCUCAAAAUGGUGAAGCACCCCAAUAUCCUCCAGCUGGUGGAUGUCUACAUCACCCGCAAGGAAUAUUUCAUCUUCCUGGAGCUGGCCACUGGCCGGGAGGUCUUCGACUGGAUCCUGGACCAGGGCUACUACUCGGAGAAGGACACCAGCAAUGUCAUCCGGCAGGUGCUGGAGGCUGUUGCCUACCUGCACUCACUCAAGAUCGUCCACAGAAACCUUAAGCUGGAGAACCUGGUGUACUAUAAUCGCCUGAAGAACUCCAAGAUCGUCAUCAGUGACUUCCACCUGGCCAAGCUGGAGAACGGGCUCAUUAAGGAGCCCUGUGGCACCCCUGAGUACCUGGCUCCGGAGGUGGUGGGGCGGCAGCGGUACGGGCGGCCGGUGGACUGCUGGGCCAUCGGCGUCAUCAUGUACAUCCUCCUCUCGGGAAACCCCCCUUUCUACGAGGAGGCAGACGAGGAUGACUAUGAGAACCACGACAAGAACCUCUUCCGCAAAAUCCUGGCUGGGGACUAUGAGUUCGACCCUCCGUACUGGGAUGACAUCUCGCAAGCGGCUAAGGAGCUGGUGACACGCCUGAUGGAGGUGGAGCAGGACCAGAGGAUCACAGCAGAGGAGGCCAUCUCCCAUGAGUGGAUCUCUGGGAAUGCGGCCUCUGACAAGAACAUCAAGGAUGGCGUCUGUGCCCAGAUCGAGAAGAACUUCGCCCGAGCCAAGUGGAAGAAAGCCGUGCGAGUGACCACGCUCAUGAAACGCCUGCGGGCGCCCGAGCAGACGGAGACGGCGGCAGCUCCAGCCCCGGCAGCGGCUCCGGCUCCGGCAGCGGCUCCGGCCCCGGCAGCGACCACGGCCCCGGCAGCGACCACGGCCCCGGCAGCGACUCCCGCCGCCGCGGCCACAGAGCCCGCCACCGACACGGCCCCGGCCACGGCCCCGGUCCCCGCCAUGGAGCCCGCAGCCCCCUCUGCCACCGCCCCGGAGCCCGCAGCCCCCGGCACGCCGCCCGCCGCCACGCAGCCCCCGGCCCCCGGCACACCGCCCGCCACCACAUGUAACGAGGCCGCCGCCGCCGCCGAGCCCUCCAGCGAGCAGAGCGGCUGAGCGGCCCCCGCGCCCCCUGUA